AUGUCCUUGUGGCUGUCCAUGGCGCUGCAGAAGGCAAACCAGAGAUUAGAGAACAAGUUCGAGAAACAUUGGAACAAGGCCAGCCGGCCAAACGCGCCCAGAAAGCGAGUACGAGCGCAAGAGACGGAGACCGUGAAUAUGGACAGGGUGGUACCCAUUGCGGCCCUAUGCGUGGAAUGUGGGAGCAGGUGUAUUUUGGUGUCCAUGGGGUCCUACAGCCCAGCCAGCAAGCAGGCUUUUGGGGAAAUCAAGUACCCGGGAGUGAAGGUCAAGAACGGAGAGUCGCCCUACGACGCGGCUGCAAGGCUCUGCAAAAGCAGGCUCACGGCCCUCUCUGACUUCAUCAAGGUGGAGACGGCAUCCUUCGACGCGAAGGAAGAAGAGGACAUCUCAAAGCGAACCGGUUUACCAUCCCGGUACCUGAGAACAAUCUUCCGUGGGCACAUGAGCCCCCUGGUGCCUUGGGGCGACUACAUGACGUUCAUUCCAAGCCGGGCAUCCAACAUCUCCAUGAAGCUCACCUCACAGCAUAGCAGUCUGGCACGGCGUUUCCUUCGCGCUCACCCCAGGUCUCCGCCUCUUUCUCCGGACAUCUUCGCGUUCAAGCAGGACGUUGACAACUCUGAAAUCACGCUCUAUGCCUGGAUGCCGUCAUGGGAGUUUGAGUACCUGCGCUACACCUCGCAGGGCGAAGCCUUAGUGGACUUCUGGGUCCAACAAGGAGACUACUCAGUGCUGCACCCGGAUGGAAGUGUUCCUCGUUGCUACUCGCCGGUCGCCUGGCAUUUAUUUGGCAGUGAAUUAAAGGCUGGGCUUGAAACACAGAACCUCCUAGCUUUCGACAGGCACCUUGCGACAAAGUUGUUUUGUGGGACAUACCUGUGCCGAGCAUUCGGCACAAAGGUAUGUAACAACAGACCACACCAAAGGGGUGUGUGGGCCCCGCGACAAAACGGGUUUUUGAUCCACAGUCACGUAUGCCAGUACAGUCUGACGAAGGGCCAACAGUAA